GAACUCUACUCUCGGUGUUCAGUGCUACGAUGGUCACCAAGCGAACGAGUCGCAGCCUCUCGACUACUCGUAGUUCCGAGUAACUCGCGUGCUCCGUUAACGUCUCGCUCUCCUUCCAUUUAGCCAUUUCUCUCUUUCUUUCUUGGCCUCUCUCUCUCUCUCUCUCUCUCUCUCUCUCUGUUCCUUCUGCCUGUCCGUUCGAGACUUGCACCGCCGCGUCUCGGUUAAUCGCACCUAAUUAAGACGAUUCCCGUCCGAGUCUACUACGUGCGCCGGUCUUUAAGCCAUCCGAUGCACUUCUGUCAUUGACCGUCGAGCGAAGAGGACCCUGUCCGUUCCUCUUGCGUUUGCGAAAAGAAAAAAGAAAAAAAGGAAAAAGAGAAAAAAAAGAAAAAAAAGAAAGACGAGAUCUCUCUCGUAAAUCAUCGAGUCCCUUUGAGCAUCGCCUCGGAAAAUCGUGUCAUGGACGAUUUACACGCGGACUUCUCCAUUUUGACGCUAUAAAUAUAUCACGCGAGCGUAGAAUAGGACGGGCGUGCGUCGAUCCGUCUCUUCGUGACUGUGCUCCGUUUCAAGACACGAACGUUUUGUCGGUCGGCGGAUUUCGCGCAACUGACGUAUCUUUUUUGCGAACGCGGAAGAGAUCGCGUGAUUUCCUCAACGAUAUUCAGUCUUUUUUCGAAAGAGUUCGAAAGACAGGGGCCGCGUCUCGACGAUCUUGCGAGCGUUCAAAAACAAGAAUCGAGAUAUCUACUACGAGAGAAAAUAAAAUCUUUCGUCUGGCUCGAUCGAGAUUCUAAUUAUAAAGAUCUGGCUCGAGAGAGUCCAUCGACUCGGUGUAUCGUCGAUCUUUGUCUUCGUUUUCGAGACAGAAUAUCGCUCCGUAAAAAAGAUUUUCAAAAUAUCCAUCACGAGAGAUUAAAGAGAGAGAGAGAGAGAGAGAGAGAGAGAGAGAGAAAGGGAGGGAUCAAAGAUCAGGUACAUCUCGUAAAUUUCUGAUGAAGUACCAAGAGGAAACGGCGUGCGGUGUUUCGUGGAGAAAAGUUUACACGUGCCUGUUGAUCGACUUUCAUCGUCCUGCCUCAACCAAGGAACAUCAUCGCCACGUGCUCGAUAAUACGCUUCGUCCGACGCGUUAAACGUGACAACGGUACCGGACGAAGCCGUGGACAGCUUUAAAAUGCCCAGAGCUUCCGUGGUACAUAUGACGUCGACGGCAACGAGACCACAGCACAUGUCGCAGGUUUUGGCGACCCUGGCGCUUUCCAUGGGAACGUUGUCGUCUGGCUUGGCGAAAGGCUACACCUCGCCUGCAUUGGAUUCUAUCCUGGACAAACAACCGCCUCCACUCUAUCAAUCGUCCAACAACGAUACGUGGACGGUUUUCUCGGUGACGACGCAGGAGGCUUCAUGGGUCGCGUCCUUGUCGAUGUUGGGCGCUUGGUGCGGCGCCAUGAUCGGUAAUUGGAUAAUGAGGAGAGGCCGACGCGUAGCCCUACGUGUCACGUCCUUACCCUUGGCUGCCGCAUGGAUACUUACGGGCGUUGCACCCUGCGUAGAAGUCGUCUAUUGUACGAGUUUCCUCGGUGGACUCUUUUGUUCCGUUAUUACGAUGGUCGCCCAAGUAUACAUUUCGGAAAUCUCGAUGCCAGGCAUCAGAGGAUGCCUGUCGGCGAUGUUAAAGGUGCUGGGUCACGUCGGCGUCUUGCUCUCUUACAUAGCCGGAACGUAUUUGAAUUGGCGACAGAGCGCACUCUUGGUGGCCGUCGCACCGUCGAUGCUCUUUUUGGGAACGCUCUUUAUACCCGAAACACCGUCGUAUCUCGUUUUAAAUGGAAAGGACGAGGAGGCAGCGAGCAGCCUGCAGUGGUUACGAGGCGAACAAGUUGACAUAAGACACGAGCUACAGGUGAUCAAGACUAACAUACUGGCGUCCAGGGCGAAGCAGUACGGACUGAAGAGCAGCAUGCUGACGCCACGACUUUACAAGCCGAUCGCCAUAACUUGCGGACUGAUGUUCUUUCAAAGAUUUUCCGGAGCGAAUGCGUUCAAUUAUUACGCCGUCAUCAUAUUCCGUCAGACAUUGGGCGGAAUGAAUCCUCACGGAGCAACAAUAGCGAUUGGAUUCGUCCAAUUAUUGGCAUCCUUGUUGUCGGGUUUCCUAAUCGACAUAGUCGGCAGAUUACCGCUCCUGAUUGCCAGUACCGUUCUCAUGUCGUUAGCGUUGGCCGGUUUUGGUAGUUACGCCUAUUACGUGUCCCAAACCCAAAAUCUGGGCUAUUCCGAUUCCCCGGUGCCUACCGGCGAACACGACUGGAUACCGUUGCUCUGUGUACUGGUCUUCACGACCGCCCUAGCCCUGGGCAUAUCGCCAAUUUCCUGGCUAUUGAUUGGCGAACUUUUCCCGCUCGAGUAUCGCGGUAUCGGGUCCAGCAUCAGUACCAGCUUCAGCUACUUUUGCGCCUUCUGCGGCAUCAAACUCUUUAUGGAUUUUCAGCAAGUUCUCGGAUUACACGGAGCCUUUUGGUUUUACGCGGCAAUGGCCGUCUGCGGACUUUGUUUCGUCGUUUAUUGCGUCCCAGAAACGAAGGGCAAACAAUUGGACGAGAUGAAUCCGGAUUACGCACAGGCACGGUAGUAUAAGGCCUCCUUGACGGGAGGUCUGUCGAAUCUCGAAAAGGCGAACAAGCCUUUACCGAGCGGUGCUUAUCCGAACGAGCACGAUCCUCGGGAGAUAUACAGUGCCGAACAACAAGCUACUCUACCAUCAUCGGCAGGACCAUCGACGACUAAUAACUCUGUUCGUGGUAUAUCCAGAGGUAGUCAUCGUUCCUUGUCCGAGUAUUGUGGCAUUUUCGCCGAGAAAACCAAUAGGAUAGGUAAAAACGUGGAGAAUUUCAUGCAAUCCCGUGGAUUUCUCGGAUCGCCCGUUCAAAGAUUAAGCCCCUACGAAACAACUCGUUACCCGAACGACAACGUUCUAUCCUCGAACAAAAUCAACGGGGGAACACACAAGAAUGGAAUUUAUGGUAAAACGAAAAUUCUCGAGCAGGAUCGAUGUUACGACGGAAUAACUUGCGUUGCUAAUAAAGAUCGUCGCAGGGAGACGUUCAUUUCGAGAGAAUCAAAUCGAACGAACGAACGCGUACGUUCCACCACCGAGAUGCAAUUGGCUCGUAGAGCCAAUAGAAGUAACUACUAUCGCGAUGAUGAUCGGUCCUACGGCCCAUGGAAGGACCAAGGCCCAUUGAGAAAUGUAAACGGUGCUAAGCCGAUCCUGAGAAAUGGCAUCGGUUACCGGAGAGCCGAGAGGAAACGACCAUACUGUUCGACCCUUCCGACUAGACGUAGCAGGACCAUUAAUUUCAAGGAUCAGCCUUAUAACUCCCUGGAGGAACUACGCGGAUACCCGAAGAGUCUUCAGGAUUUAACGGAUUUCGAGAUCGAGGAGAGAAUAGGAAAUUCAAGCGUGUCCUCCUUACCAAAAACGAGAACGCGUUCGAGGGAUGACAGACCGGCCGACGUUUAUCGUCAUCGUAGAAGGGUACGAGACCUCCCGGUGGACGAUCCUUUGCACGAGGACGACGACUAUUUGAAAUUUUGUAGAAACUUGGCGAGAAUGGAAAGAUAUCCUCGGGGAGGCCGUUACGAGCCGGGACAGGUGCACUAUGAGAGAGAGUGUAGAACCUUUGGAAAGGAUACCGUAGCUUUUAUUUAUUACAAAACAUGUUAUUUGUGAUCAUAUCAAAUGCGAACGAGAAGCAUCGAAAAUAUCUCUUAUUUUCAUUCGUUAGACGUUUCCUCUGCAACGUUGGCUCAUAUAAGUUACUUACGAUACCGUUACGAAAGAUUCGCGAGAAAACGCUUAGCGAUAAUUACUAUCUAUCACAUCUUCAUCCUCUUUUUCCCUCGUUUAAUAGUGAUUUUCUUAAAGCUCGCGGUUUCACUUUCUUCUUCUUUUCUUUUUUCAUGCAUACAUAUGCGUGCACACACACACACACACACACACACACAGAGACACACCUAAAAAGAGAUUUGCGGUAGAACAAAAGGCAGAACUUCCAUGCAUCGUGCCUUUCUCGAAAAACGCGACAAUAUUACGCUAAGACGACAAUACUUAAAAAUCUCGUCUACCUACCACGUGCGUAUAUCUUAACACACGCGCGAAUAAUGUAUAUAAAGGAUAGAGAUAAUUUAAAAAUGGAAAUAUUCUUAGGAAAUAAAUUUGACGAAUCGCGCGAACAGAUUCUUCCUAGACCGAAUCUAUCGAUGGAAUAAAAGAGAAAAAGAAAAAAGGAUAGACGAUAUUAAAUCGAUAAUAAUUAGGAGUCGUAUAAAUUUCGUAUUUUCGUUUCAAUACGAUCGGACGAUUUCUGCCCAAUUAUAAGAAUCUUUCUAUUUACAAUCAAUUUUUACAAGAGAGUAUUAGCUUAAUAGAAACGAACGUAAUCGCGUUGCCUGGCUUUAUUAGAGAAAAUACAUGUUAAUUAACUAUAAGGUGCAAAAAGGCACGCGUUAUUACCGAUGAAAAAGAGAAUGCUCGGAUCUUAUCCUCGCGACUCGUUUUACGAGUCAAUGACUUAAUUGCGACAAUAUCUGUAGAUAGAUGCAUACUUGUCUGUAUACUUGUUAUCUUUCUUACAUCUAUAUCGCAUAACGGAGUAUUGUAUAUAAUAUAUAUGCGAUAUCAGCCCACUCAUGUACAUACGUGUAUUCGCACGAGGGUGGGAGCAAAAAGUAAACAAAAUUUAUCGACAAUAUAUAAAUACGCAUAUACACAUACGCAUACACGCAUUAUAUCGAUCGUUGCCAAAUUCGUUUGAUCUCUAGGUUUAGGACUCGAAUAAUCAAAUUUUCUAAACUAGUGCGUAUGCAAGUACGUACCUAUAUAGGAUAUAUACGACUUAUCCUUCAACUGUAAUUUCCAUCGACGGAGAGAGAGAGAGAGAGAGAGAAAGAGUCGAUAAGCCUAAUGUUUACUUUCUUCUAAAAGUCUACCUACGUUUAGCUGCCAUUUAACGAUAUAAUAUUUUUAUAAGAUUUUGUCAACUCGGAACUAAAGAUUGUUGUGCAAUGUGAACAAAACCUUCCGAGAGAUUAACUGCGAGAAGAAGGUUAGAAAGAGAAUGAUAUCUGUAUUUGAUAUUUUUAUAUAGUCUGUAGAAAAAAGAACACAAAUGAAAAAAAAAAAAAAAAAAAAAAAAAAAAGAAAAACAAUACACGACCGACGUUGCGCUACGCAAAGAGGAGUCGGCAAUCGUGAUCAAAGGCCUAGUCUUCGAAACAAGGAAAAAUAUUUCAUUGUUCUACGACAGAGAAGAGAUACAAUGAUAAUAUAAAGAAAAAAAAAAAGAAGGAUUUCGAUGCUUCCUUACUCACUCGUCGGAUACGAUAGAAUAUAUCGCGUUGUCCUUCUCCUUGCGGUCGUCGAGUAAAACUUCUUAUACUUCCGUAAUCAUUUAUAUCUACACACAUACACACACACACACCCAAGUAUAUAAGUCAUAUCCUUGCCAUAUCCAAUAUUCUAACGAAAUGGAAGUCUGUGAAGCGCGUAUUACGAUAUCGCGUACUUAUAAACUAAUUAAUAAAAAUACUUAUCGGAAAUGAUAUAUACUAACGGUGCUUUUGUAGAUAAAACUCGAAUCGAUUUGAAAUUUUGAACGAUUUGAUAUCUAUAGAGGGUUGCGCGUCCGACCAAUUGCAAAAACGAUUUUGAAAUCUAUCGGGCGCGUCGUCUGACCGAUACGGGCACAGUGAAUAACUCGAAGCAAAAACAUAUCGCUAACUUAUCGAAAGAAAUUGCCCUCGAUCAAGAGAGACUUUCUCUCUCUCUCUCUCUCUCUCUCUCUCUCUCGAUCGAGUGGAAUACGAAGGGAAUAAUCGAUUCGAAAAGAUUGACGCAUGUAUAUCUGUAUAAAAAAAAAAAAAAAAAAAAAAAAUAACGAUCUCUCCGAGCAAACAUAUCUCGUCGAGUAAAAUUUGCAGGGUGUUAAGUCACUGUGUUUACUUAAGGGUAAGAAAAAGACAAAAGAUGAUAAUAUAAAACUACAUUAAAUAUCCUACAAUGCUGAAGGGCUUGGACGUAGUAUCGAAUAAAAUUUCUAUUAUGAUUAAGAUAUAGCGCAGUGCAAUGCUCGUUAAACGAGUGCACGCGUAGCUUAAGAUAAUCGACUUUAGAGUUCUAUAUAUACAGAUUGUGUACAUACGAAUUUUCGACCAUCCCGUUCUUUAGCAUUCUUUGCGCCGUACCAAUAAUAAUUCUUAUUCGUGUCAAAGGCACGAUUUGCGGACAUUUCGGAGGGACUAUUGCGUAAUUUAAAGCGAGAGUAUUACUUCUUUCCCGUAGUCAAUGUCGAGCCUGAUAAAGGAAUAAAAAAAGAAAUAAAUACACACACACCACAGAGAGAGAGAGAGAGAGAGAGAGAGUAUAUACACGUGCGUACAUAUAUAAUUAUACAUAAAAAAUAUCUGCACUGUGCACUUUUGUGAAUUGAAGGUUUAUUGUAAUACCUGGCGGUACGAUAGAGUUUGAUUCGGAAACAAAGCGUCGUAUUACCGCACACAUAGAGAAUGUAAAUUAGUCGGGGAUAUUAUAGGCGUCGUAACAAGUUUCGCGCCCCUUUGUACGCAUCCAUUUAUGUAUUAUACAUAGAGAUACAUACGUAUAUACAUACACGGGCUACAUUAUGUGUACGCGCCGUAAAGUUAACGACGUUAUUUACAAGUCACUUUCUAGUAAUGAAACUCGCUUGAAAAUGCACGCCAUCGAAUAAUCGAAAUAGGUGCCGACGAAGAUUAGCUUAUCGGAUAGAAGAAACAAGCUAUACAAACGAUCGCGCGUUACUCAAGCGUAUUCUAAAACUCGAAACGUCUUUACGAAGAGAUCAGUUCGAAAGAGAUAAAGAGCGACUCCAAAAGUAACUCGGUGACAAUAAGAUAACAAAGAGAAAUAAUCGACAAUAAACAUUAUAUAGAGAAAGAGCGCUGGCCGUCUAAACACAUAUAUACGUGAUUAUAUACAUAUACAUAUACAUAUACAUAUAAAUAUAUAAAUUUGUGCAUCUAUGAGAUGUGUCAGAGACAAGAAAAAAAAGAAAAAAAACUACAGCAGAAAAAACAAAAAGAAAAGAAAGAAAGAAAGAAAAAAAAAUGUCCGACAAGGUAUUUUCCAAAACGAUGAAAAAGAAAAGAAAAAAAAUAUAUAAAAUCCUACUUCUAAAAAGGGUAGCUUCGCUUGCUAGAUUUAAUAUUUUUGUAAUGACGCCUAGGUGUAGUUUGUUUGUACCUCGAUAGAGUAAACGUUUAAUCUACGAAAAAGGGAUAAAAGAAAACACAGGAAUAUAUCACAGUGAAAGAUUGCAACAUGUGUGCGUAUAUAUAUAUAUAUAUAUAUAUAUAUAUAUAUAUAUAUAUAUAUAUGCACAUAUGUAUAUAUAUAUGCAUACACACACACACACACACACACACACACACACACAUUUCGAUGGAAAUAAGACUGUGUGCGAGCAUUCAAAGUAUAAGCGAGCUUUAACUCCGAUCAUCGAAUUAGAAGGUGUCUCCAACGCGUGGCUGAUAUUUUCUUCGAUCGAUGCCUUUUUUCUUUCGUUUUGUACAUACUUUUGGAAAUACUUUUUUCUGUUUCGAAUCUUAUUAGAAUCUCGUUGGAGUUUAAGAAAGAACAAGGAACGAUGGCAUCGAUGAUAUUACUAGAAAUGAGAAUUGGAUUUGUUAAAUCGUAUCUUGAAACGGAAAAGAAGAGGGAGAAGAGAAAUAAUAGAUAAAAGAAAAAUAAUAGUCGAUCUUGGCGAACGUCGGAGACCCUUCUAAAAUCGUUACGGUAAAAGAUAUGCGUUUAUCUAUGUUAGGUAUAAAAUAAUGUACUUAAGCGAGAAUUUAGUUAGAAAGUUUUCUCUAAAAGAUCAUUAAUUUCGUUAAUGAAUGAUAAAGCUGGAUAUACGAUCGCUAACCAAGCGGAACCAAGAUAUUACGUAUUUCUAUAGAGAAAUCAUAUACACAUAUUAUAAAUGCCAAAAUAAGAAGAAACAAAAAUAACCGAUAACACGGA